GGGGCUUCAGCCCAGUUUCGUUUGUGGGCUUAUUUGGAUUUUAUAUGGAGUCCUGCCUUUCUUCAUGUCUUUUGUUUUCUAGUAAAAAGCUGAAGUUUUGUUCCAGAGUUUCAGCACUGCCACAAAGCUAGGAUUUACUCCUUUACUCCAUCCACCAAUCUGGGGGCUAAACAGAGCAGCUGAGCGUUGUUAAGCACUAGCUAAAGCUCCCUGGCAGCUAUUUGCCCCAUUCACUUCUCAAUCACUACAGAAAUGCUUUGGGAGCACAAAGCCCUCCUCUUCACCAUUUUAUUGCUCUACAUCUCACAGGUUGCAGGUUUAGGGGAAAAGAAUGAAGAUGAUGAGUGUGCUGAGCUCAACAAUACCACAUGGCAGCAGUACCGUCAGCAGGGGGCCAAACUGCAGAUCCAGUACCUGCUGCUGACCAGGAAAAAUACUGACUGUGCUCAACAAUUCGACCAGGAGUCUCUCACCAAGCAGACUUCUUACUUCAACAUCUCCCGCCCUACAAAGGUCAUAAUCCAUGGGUACAGGGCUCUGGGUAGUAAGCCGUCGUGGGUGAAGGAGCUGGCUCAGGCUCUUCUCAGGGCUCAGGAUGCAAACGUGCUGGUGGUGGACUGGAUCUACUGCGCAUCCUUCGCCUACAACCUGGUGGUGGAAAAUCACAGGGAGGUGGCGCUGCAGAUAUCUGUUCUCAUCAACCAGCUACAGAACCAUGGGUGCAAACCAGAGUCCUUCCACUUCAUUGGAGUCAGUCUUGGAGCUCAUGUUGCCGGUUUUGUGGGGACUCUGUUUGAAGGAAAGAUAGGAAGAAUCACAGGUCUUGACCCUGCUGGACCCAUGUUUAAGGGAGCAGACACUUAUGACCGCUUGGACCCUUCUGACGCUCAGUUUGUUGAUGCUAUCCACACAGACUCUGACUAUUUUGGUAUCUCCAUCCCUGUUGGCCAUGUAGACUUCUUCCUGAACGGUGGGAAAGACCAGACUGGAUGUGCACGCUCCAGAUUUGCCUCAAUUUUUGUGUACUUUCCAGUGUAUGGUUAUGUGAUUUGUGACCACAUGAGGGCACUUCACGUCUACAUGAGCGCGCUGAAUGGCUCGUGCCCUUUAAUGGGGAUCCCAUGCUCCACUUAUGAGGACUUCCUAAAGGGGAAUUGUGUGGACUGUGACAUCUUCAAGGGGACUUGUCCAGUAAUAGGUUUAUCAGAAAACAGUGGGAUACGGAUGUCACCCAUUCCCAAAGAGCAGAAACUGUUCCUCCUCACAACUUCUUCAACACCUUUUUGCACUCAUCACAUCCUGCUGGAGCUGGAAGUUUUGCCCCUGGAUAAGACCGCUGAGGUUGAAGUGACACUGAUGAUGGAGAACCUGAGUUCAGAGCACCGACUCAGACUUCACAAAGACACAACGGUGUACAGGACAGUGCUGGCUCACCCAUCUGCCGCAUGUGAGAUCGACUCCAUCAGGCUCAAAAAUACCGGAGCUCGCUUCUACAGACAGGCAGAUAUCCAGCUCAAGUCUGUGUGUAUCUCGGAGCUCCCCUCCCUCAGGAAUGAAGAGCCACUGUGUGUGAACAACAUAAAUGUCAGACGAGGUUCUCCUUGGACACAUGACUUUGUGCAGGUCUGUGAGGUCUUCUGACGAGACAGAUCUACUCAAAAGACUCUGGAAAUAAAAGAAACAAGAAACAUCCUGAUAUCAACUAUACUAAAAUUACCCAUACAGACACCCAUUCAGAAGAAGUUUCUCAAUGAAACCACAAUCCUUUCUGUUAAAAACAACCUCUAAACCUCUAAUUUUCUAACAUCAUGACUGAAAAAGUGUUUAAGUUUAGCAGUCUUGUGUAGUUAGCCUCUUAGUUCACUCUUGCCUCUUAAAUAUAUAACAAUAUCCUAUGAUGUGGUUUUGCAUCCCCAAGUCUGAGUUAUAAAACUGUUUUGGAUUUUAGGCUUAUUUUGUGUUCUCUUGUAAGUAGUUUAAAAAAAAAUAAAUAGUAAUAAACAACA